AGGAGGAGAAAGAUGGGGGCUGGGCUCGUCGAUCAGGUUUUGUGGCCCACAUUUAGGUUCAAAGUUUUGCGUCCCGGUCGUCGUCAGGGUGUUCACGCAUGGAGCGCCGAUUUGACUUUGACGUCUGACAAAUGCUGUACUCUUCUCGUCUUUGUCAUGCAAAAUAACGUUUUUUCCAAAGUAAAAAGAGACAUGAUUUUUUUUAGGUGGUACAUUAUAAAAAUGACAUUAAAAAAAAGGAGAACCGCUCCUCAAAGUAAUUAUACAGUCGUGAAAAUUCUGCAGCGACUGUGAUUUCAGUUCUUUUUAAUACACUUUAUAUCCAGCAGGGGUGGCUAUAAUGCAAGUGAAGGCGCGUCAUCAUCAGAGAUAAAACGCCACUUUGCAGCAUACAACAGAAGACUUGUUACGCCUCACACCUCCGAACUGGCCAAUCGGAGAGUAGCGUCGGACAGCUAUACCCCCCUCGGUCCCGCCCCUCAUUGUUGGCUCGACCAAUGGGAAACCAGCCACCAGCACAGGUUACGAGCGACUUGGCAACAGUAAGGAGCGACCCGCAUCGUUGCUUCUUCUCCACUGGCGGUUUAAUCUUGUGGGAAACUGGCGAGGGGGCACUUGAAUCAACAUGACUCCGAGAUUGCGAAGGAGAUAGCCGAUAGGGAGGUGCCGGGAAGGCCGGUGACGGCGGGAAAGGCUCACAAGAGCAUGUUCUCAGCGAAGCAAGGCGCAGCCAGGAGGAUGUUCCCGUAGCGGGACUCGUCCGUCCGUCAUCCUCCUCUUCCUUGUCCCCCCCAUGACCGGACCUGACCCCCCGAACCGGGUGGCAGCCCGCUCAGCCAAGCUGAGCCGGCACGGACGCUCCAAAAGCUCCAGUGCCCACUGCCUGCUGCGCCGGGCUGCCCGCGAGGAUUCGAGCGAAGGCAGCAGCCCCAACCGCGAGGAAGAGGAGAAGGAUGGAGGACUGCUCUUUCACGUCAAUCGCGCCGGCUUCCCCAUUGAGGGGGCCACCUGGGAGAGGAUGUGGGCCCACGUGGCCGCCGUGCACCCUGAGGGCCAGGAGAUGGUGGACGCCAUACGCAACGCUGCCUACCUGCCCAAGCAUCACGUCCCCCCGCUGCCCACCUUCAAGCCAGCAAUGUCGGUGCCAGACUGGCUUGUGGUGGUCCAGAAUUUCAUGAAGGCUCUGCACUACCUGACCAACGGCCUGACGUCGCUGGAGCGCUUCCCCAUCAGCUUCAAGACGCAGUUCUCGGGCCACUGUUUCCACCACGUGGUCCUGGGCGUCUACUGCAACGGACGCUACGGCUCGCUGGGCAUGAGCCGGCGCUCGGACCUCAUGGACAAGCCGCUCAACCACCGCACGCUUGGUGAGCUGGUGGACGACUUUGAGAGCUCCUACAAGCGAUACCAGCACAGCCUUAAGAAGGUGAAGAUCGGCCUGUACGUCCCCCACGACCCUCACGUGUGCCAGGCCAUCGAAUGGAAGUACCUGGUCCUCAACGCCACCAAGAUGGCCGCUCCGGAGAUGAGGCGCGAGCUGGAGAAACACGGGCGAGACAUGAGGAUGAAGAUCCUGAAGUCGUCAAGCGCUCAGUCUCCCAUCAAGGAGCGAAGUCGCGGCAAGUCGCUCUCGCCGCGCCGCCACCGGCAGGGCGGCAGCCCGCAGCGACGACUGGGGCGACGCAGAGACAAGUCGCCGGCGUGCGUGGAGACGAAAUCUCCCGAACUGAGCACACUGACCGACGGAUACCAGAUCCGAAUUUGACUUGCGGAUCAUUUCCGGACUUUCGCUUCUUGGCCUUCAGCAACGACGUCAACCGUAGCCAAUCUCCUUCGACUCCGCCCACUUUGCACACAGCCAAAGGCACGUUUAUGCAAAGCGUCCAAUUACGGGAAACCUGCCGACGAGCUCAUUUUGGCGCCAGCACAAAUCUCCACGGCGACCACGACGGGCGAUAAUCAAUCUCAGAACUGGUGGAUUUCAGAUUCAUCCUGACAAUUCAAACGUCUUCAACUUUCAGAACUGUAAUGUCAACUUUUUCACUCGUUAUUUUAUUUUUUUGUAAUUGACGUUUGAGUGUGAUGCAUUUUUGUUCCAAUGAAGGCCGUUAGCACACACACACACACACACACACACACACAGACACACACACACACACACACACAAAAUACAAUGGAGCAAAUGAACAAGUGGCCUGUUCUUAAAACCGAGAUGUUUUGUAUUUACAGUACAUGCAUCUAAAAAAAAAACAAAAAAAAGCGUUUUAGUGAUUUUCAAGUCGAACGCAAAAAAAAAAUCACGUGACCCCCACUCUGGAGUGUGUUUGCUUUUGUAGCUGUGGGAAUCCACCCGCCCCCAACCCACCAUUGCAACUAUUGUGAUGUCAUCUGACUGUUACCACGACAAUGCAUGUCUUCAGCAAUCAAUAAAAUGAUUGAGCUUUUUUUGUGG